GGAAGGAAUGGCCAUUAAGCCAGGGCCGUGAUAAGUGGGAAGAGAAAACACAGGGCCCCCAUGUUAGCCUGAGUUGGCCACUCUUGAGGGGAGAGUGGAGGUAAGUGACAGGUCAAUAGGCCAGUCCCUGGAUUGGGGCCAAGUUUGAAGUUGAAGAACUAGCACGUGCAAGGGCGUAACGGCAGGGUCCCAUUGACCGCGGGAAGUUUGGCAUCAGCAGUGUUGGAUCAGGGACUGAUGGGAGGUCCACACUAUGCGAGGCUUUUGUCCUGUGCCCCAGAGGAAAAUCUCCAGCAGACUGAAGGGAGGGGCUGGGGCUAUGGGCAGAGAUGCCAUUCAAAACGCUGUGACGGUCUGGGGUUGAGGAGAAGCAGGAUGUAACCUAGAAGGGUCCCCUGACACCUGACAUCCUUCACGGAAGAGUGGGUUGUUUCACCUUCAGUAAUUAAGUUUCUGAAUUAAAAUAUUUUACCUUCUAAGAACAUGCCAAAUAGAAUAGCUGCCAGUCACAGUAUGGGACAAGGAGGCUGGUAGGAUAUGUGACUGGUAAUAUUUUUCUAAAGACCUCAAAUGACCACAACCAAGGCUUGAAAGUUUAUUCUAGGAGAGGGUUAACGUUUGUCUAUUUCUUUAGAUCAUGGUGAGUAAAGUUUUGUUUUAUUUGCCUUUGAACCCAUUCAUAAAAGUUAAUAUUUUUAAACAUUUUAACAUUCAAAAUGAGAAGAGUGUUCUUUAAGGCUGCUGGAACUCGUACAUACACUUACAGCUUGGGCCGCUCUCCUUAGCGAAGAAUGACCGAAGAACAGAGUUCUUUUGGUUCUAGUUGGAAGCAUCUGGCCUGUUUGAGCAGUAGCAACAGGGAGGACGCCUUGUAACCUUGGUCCCCUGCGUCUGAGGAACACUGCCACCUUCACAGAGGAGGCCUGCAGGCCCUCCCUCCGUCUAGGAAGCAGCUCACGGCACAUGACCCAAUGACCAUCGUCCCAUCUUACAGAUGGGGACAUGGGCUCCUGCCUGGGGACGUGCAGUGAGUUAACCAUGACGGAAUAUUUGCCAAGUGAAAAAAGAAAGUUAGCAAUCUGAAGCAAUGGGCGACUGGAGCUUUCUGGGGAGACUAUUAGAGAACGCACAGGAGCACUCCACGGUCAUUGGCAAGGUUUGGCUGACGGUCCUGUUCAUCUUCAGGAUCCUGGUGCUGGGCGCCGCAGCCGAGGAGGUGUGGGGGGACGAGCAGUCGGACUUCACGUGUAACACGCAGCAGCCCGGUUGCGAGAACGUCUGCUACGACAAAGCCUUCCCCAUCUCCCACAUCCGCUUCUGGGUGCUGCAGAUCAUCUUUGUGUCCACGCCCACCCUCAUCUACCUGGGCCAUGUGCUGCACAUCGUGCGCAUGGAAGAGAAGAAGAAAGAGCGAGAGGAAGAGCUGCUGAAGGGCGACAGCCCGCACCACGGGCCGGCUGCACGCUGUGGGCCGGGCGGCCACAGCCAGAAGGACAGGCCGCCGGUGCGGGAUGACCGGGGCAAGAUCCGAAUCGCCGGGGCCCUGCUCCGGACCUACGUGUUCAACAUCAUCUUUAAGACGCUGUUUGAAGUGGGCUUCAUCGCCGGGCAGUACUUUCUGUACGGCUUUGAGCUGAAGCCGCUGUACCGCUGUGACCGGUGGCCCUGCCCCAACACGGUGGACUGCUUCAUCUCCAGGCCCACGGAAAAGACCAUAUUCAUCAUCUUCAUGCUGGCCGUGGCCUGCGUGUCCCUCUUACUCAACAUGCUGGAGAUCUACCACCUGGGCUGGAAGAAGCUUAAACAAGGAAUGACCAACCACUACCGCUCAGACUCCCCUGAAUCCAGGGUGGGGGCCACAAACCCCGGGGGUGUGAGCCCACUCCUCCUCCCCUCCCACUCUGCCCCGCCCACGGUUACCAUCGGAUUCCCGCCUUACUACACUCACUCUGCCUCUUCCCUGGCAAAGGCCACGGCCGCGGGCUACCCCGGAGCCCCUCCACCAGCAACAGACUUCAACCUGGCAGCCCUGAACGAGGCACCGGGGAAGGACCACCCCGCCAAAUUCUACAACGGCAACCACCACCUGCUAGUGACAGAACAGAACUGGGCCAACCAGGAGGCCGAGCAGCAGACUUCUGCGAGGAAGGCCUCCCCUCCAGCGUCGGCUUCUGCGACCCUGAGCCCUACAGGCAGCGCCCAGCAGCUCCCUGAGAACGGUGGCGCGGGAAGCAGCGCGCCCGGCCUGUCGCUGAACGGGCACGGCAGCAGCUUGGGAGAGAGCAAACUGGCAGUGACUCCCGACGACGGGGAGCAGGCAGUGACCACCGCGGUGGAGAUGCACGCGCCUCCUUUGCUCCCGGCAGAGCCGGGCCGAUCAAGCAAGGCCAGUAAGUCCAGCGGCGGCAGGGCCAGACCCAGUGACUUGGCCAUCUAGCGGUGGUCUCUCCAGACAGCUUUAUAAUAACCUCUUUUCUAGCAACCAAAACCAAAGUGCAGUUCCAGUCUGCAGGUAGAGAAAGCCUGGAAGUGAGAGAGCACUGGAGUGGAGGAGGGGACGAUCAAGCGGAAGAGAGCAGGUUUCUGUGUGUCCAUGCUUGCUGUUCUUAACACUGUGAGGUAGAGUGGGGAGAAGGUCCACGCUUGCUGAGAUGGGGAGGUAGGGGCAAAGUGGGUGCAGGGGCUGUUGACCUUUAAAGAUAUUCACAACAACCCAAGAGUCCAGCAACCUGGGCCACCUUUGCAGGUGUUGCUGCCCAGCCUUGGGCUCCUGCUGUCUCUGUGGGUGACUGUUCUGCUGUGGUAAAAGCAGGUGGUGUCUGCAGUCACUUCAGUUCGGGGCAAUUAGGCUUUCCAUUCCUACGCUCUCCAGAGCCUCUGGGCAGCCCAGAAAGUCACAGACGCACUUAGCACUAUCUCUGUUUGAUACUUUUAACUUAGAGUUGAAUUUCAUUUGGGAUAUUUGCCAAACUGCACUAAAAAAAGAUUUAGAGCAAGUCCAUAUAGUGUCAUUUGAGUUUCUGAAAUUGCCUGUGAAGCCCAGGAUAUCAAACUGUACGCUUCAUGACAAGUGACAAUGAGCAGCUACCCUCCAGAGGUGGAUUCAGCGCAGGCGAGAGCCACAGAGGUUGCUGGUAAGAAAGCAGGUAGAAAUGCAGCGACACUCGAGAUAAUUUUUAAACAGCUGAGGAAAUUGAAAUAAAAGUGUGGCAGGUAUGCCUUAGGUAUUUAUUUUUUAAAUGAUAUUUUGUGCUUUGAUCUGAAUUGUACAGGUAUGCCUAUUUCCCCCCACUUUCUUUCAGGAGAAAUGAAAGAAAAAUAGUACUAUUAAAAUGAAUACUGACCAAGAGAAUGCUAAUUUGUCCCAUUACAUACUGGUAAAGAUUUGAACCUUCUUUUAAAGAAACUCUUCGACCUCAUGAGUCAGCUAAUUGCUAUGCGAAUGUACUAUAUAAAAUAAAGGCAGGGGAAAUUUAAGUGCAUUUCCAAUACUUGAAGUUGUGAAGUUUUUGAAUGGAAGGUUAAAAGUUAACUACUCUUGCCAGAAAAAUUAUUUAUACAGAUGAAUCGAUGACCUACAUUUUUUUUUAACAGUACAAAAUAAAACUCUUUGAGUUUCCUAACCAUUCUUUGUGGGCAGCCUGUUUGCUUUCUAAAGUAUAAAUAAAAGUAUCUGGGUUUUA